GGGCGGGCGGAGGAGGGCCCUCCCGCCGCCGCGCCUUCGGCAGAGGCCAAGCGCGAGGAGCCGCCGCCGCCGCCGCCUGUUCCCCACGGGCCGCGCGCGCUGACGGGACUGCCCGGGGAGCGCCGCGGGCGGAUGGAGGCGCCUCCUCGCCCCGACUGAGCUCAGGAGGGGCAAGAGCGGAGCGCAGGGCCCGCCUCCUGCCGCUACAGCGGCCGCGCGAGCAGCUGGAGGAGGAGCAGCGGCGCCGGGCUUCUCCCCGCGGGGGCCCCCAGCAUGGUUGACUAUAUUGUGGAGUAUGACUAUGACGCUGUACACGAUGAUGAAUUAACCAUUCGAGUUGGGGAAAUCAUCAGGAAUGUGAAAAAACUACAGGAGGAAGGAUGGCUGGAAGGAGAAUUAAAUGGGAGACGAGGAAUGUUUCCUGAUAAUUUUGUUAAGGAAAUUAAGAGAGAGACAGAAUCCAAGGAUGACAAUUUGCCCAUCAAACGGGAAAGGCAUGGGAAUGUAGCAAGUCUUGUACAACGAAUAAGCACCUAUGGACUUCCAGCUGGAGGAAUUCAGCCACAUCCACAAACUAAAAACAUUAAGAAGAAGACCAAGAAGCGUCAGUGUAAAGUUCUCUUUGAGUACAUUCCACAAAAUGAGGAUGAACUGGAGCUGAAAGUGGGAGACAUUAUUGACAUUAGUGAAGAGGUAGAAGAAGGCUGGUGGAGUGGAACCCUGAACAACAAGUUGGGACUGUUUCCCUCAAAUUUUGUGAAAGAAUUAGAAGUAACAGAUGAUGGUGAAACUCAUGAAGCCCAGGAGGAUUCAGAAACUCUUUUGACUGGGCCUGCCUUAUCUUUACCCUCUCUGGGAAAUGGGAAUGAAACUGCACCUGGAUCAGUUACACAGCCAAAGAAAAUUCGAGGAAUUGGAUUUGGAGAUAUUUUUAAAGAAGGCUCUGUGAAACUUAGAACAAGAACAUCCAAUAGUGAAACAGAAGAGAAAAAAACAGAAAAGCCCUUAAUCAUACAGUCACUAGGAUCCAGAACUCAGAGUGUGGAGAUAACAAAAACAGACACUGACGGUAAAAUGAAAGCUAAGGAAUAUUGUAGAACAUUAUUUGCCUAUGAAGGUACUAAUGAAGAUGAACUUACUUUUAAAGAGGGAGAAAUAAUCCAUUUGAUAAGUAAGGAUACUGGAGAAGCUGGCUGGUGGAAGGGUGAACUUAAUGGUAAAGAAGGAGUAUUUCCAGACAAUUUUGCUGUUCAGAUAAAUGAACUAGAUAAGGACUUUCCAAAACCAAAGAAACCACCACCUCCUGCUAAGGGUCCAGCCCCAAAGCCUGAGCUGAUAUCUGCAGAGAAGAAGUAUUUUCCUUUAAAGCCUGAAGAAAAAGAUGAAAAAUCAGGGCUGGAACAGAAACCUUCUAAACCAGCUGCUCCACAAGUCCCACCCAAGAAGCCUACUCCACCCACCAAAGCUAAUAAUUUAUUGAGAUCUUCUGGAACAAUGUAUCCAAAGCGACCUGAAAAGCCAGUUCCACCACCACCUCCGGUGGCCAGGAUUAAUGGGGAAGUGUCUCCCAUUUCAUCAAAAUUUGAAACUGAGCCAGUAUCUAAACCAAAGCUAGAUUCUGAACGACCAAAAUCAGUAGACCUAGAUUCAUUUACAGUUAGGAGCUCUAAAGAAACAGAUCUUGUAAAUUUUGAUGACAUAGCUUCCUCAGAAAACUUGCUACAUCUCACUGCAAAUCGACCGAAGAUGCCUGGAAGACGGUUGCCUGGCCGCUUCAAUGGUGGACAUUCUCCAACUCAAAGCCCAGAAAAAAUCUUGAAGUCACCAAAAGAAGAAGAUAGUGCCAAUGUAAAGCCAUCUGAAUUUAAAAAGGAUUCAUGCUACUCUCCAAAGCCAUCUGUGUACCCUUCAACACCUUCAAGUGCUUCUAAACCAAAUACAGCUGCUUUUUUAACUCCAUUAGAAACCAAAGCUAAAGUAGAAGCAGAUGAUGGGAAGAAAAAUUCACUGGAUGAACUUAGAGCUGAGAUGAUUGAGUUGCUGUGCCUUGUAGAAGCACUAAAAAAGGAUCAUGGGAAAGAACUGGAAAAACUACGAAAAGAUUUGGAAGAAGAGAAGGCAAUGAGAAAUAAUCUAGAGAUAGAAAUAGAGAAGCUGAAAAAAGCAGUCCUAUCUUCUUGAAGUGGCACGGACCCGGUGUUUUUAUUGUUACAGGGACUCAGAAGCAACACUAUGAACUUCGACCGACUUGUUACUUAAAAAUAACAUGUUGAUGUUGUGAUAAAGAAAUAUGGAUAUAUGAAUUAUAAUAUCUAUAGAAAAGUAGGGGGAGGGUAAAUUUUUUUUUUUUAUAUAUUUUGUUUUGCCAAUAUGAAAAAAGAGGCCUUAUUUCCUAUGUGCUGGGAUUGCAAACUUUUUUUUUUUUAGUUUGCUUGAAAAUACUACUGAAUCUGUAUAAAAAGGAAAGUUCACAAUAGUUUUUUUAUUGAAACUUGUAUUAUUUUUAAAGAGAUCUAUACUAUAAAUAUGGUGAUAUCUUUACAAAUAAUCUGUAAAAUAUACUAUUUGAGAGGACAAAUUAGCUUUAUAGUAACUAUAGUCACUACUUUUCCCAUACAUAAUACAUAAGGGAUAUAAAUUUGUGUGUGUGUGUGUGUGUGUGUGUGUGUGUGUGUGUGUAUGUGUAUAUCUAUAUCUAUAUAUAUAGAUAGAUUCCCCCACCCCCAUCCCUCCGUUUUUUAGCUUCUUACCCAGGAUUACACUGUUGUGCCUGUUUGUUUGCAGUGCUGUUUAUAGUCUGGGUGAUGAAAUAGGAGUUUCCUAGCUAUAUACCAGAUUACUCACCCAUGCUUACAGUAAUAACUAAUGAAAUAAAUAAUUUCUUCAGCUUUUAGAAUAUUUUAUAUCGCUUGCACUAUAGGAUUCAUAAAAGGAAUUUAGUAAAGAGGUAUUGGAUUGUUAAAUAUAUUGGGGAAAAUAUGAGCUAUAUUAUAAAUUCAUUAGGCCUGAACAACUAAAAAUGUCAAUUUAACCCUUAACGUGUUGUGCCUAGAAACUACAGCACAUAUAGUAUGCAAACACCAGCCUUAUUGCUUGUACUUUUCUGCUUAUUUUACAGAAAUAUUACUCAUUUCAUGAUCUUGUGACUUAAUUUUUUAUGGCCCCCCCCCGAUUUUUUGUAAUAGUAAUAUUAAGAAAACAAAAAUUUAAAGUUCAGUGUGUCAUACUUUGACAAGUUAUCAUUAUGUAAAUACUCAGGUUUUACAAUGUGUAAUUUAUGUAAUGGACCAAACUAAGUGGUGGAGAUAUUUUGGACUGUUACAAAGUUGUAAACAACUUUACAAAGAGUGUUAGUAUAUAAUAAAAUGUAAUAUCUUAGCUUAUUUAAAACCAAGUAUAAUUGACUGUAUUCAAAAUUCAUUUUCACAAGAUGGAUGAAUUAGCAGUUUCUUCAAAGUCAUUUACGAAAAGUUGAAAAAUUUUAAAUGUUAUAUCUACAGUCUCAAAAUGUGGGGUUUUAUAUUAAAAGUAGAAAUUUGACUUUUCAUUUGCAAAAAUUUAGAUUUUAAGAUUUAUUAUAGCAAAUAAUUUUCAGAUUUUAAGUACCAUCUCUCACGCUUCCAUUUUAUGUUAUUUCAAAGCAAACCAAUAGUUUUCCUUUAAGCUUUGAUCUUACACUACUGAAAUCUUGUGUUAAUGAAAUUUUGUCAGCCUCUUUCUAAUAAAAGAACUGAAGUAGAAAAUAAUAGAAAUUCCAGUACAUAAUUACUUAAUGUUAAAUUCACAACUUAAUUCGUGCUUUUGGGGAAACCUGAUUGUAUUGAGUAUAUACAUUUUAAUUCUUUAAAAUCCUUAGGGUCUUCUGAUAGACGUCACUACUCAACAAAAUUGUUUAUUCCUAAUGUUUUUAAAUGACUUUUCAAAUGAAUGAUUUCCUUCUUACUAAAUAAGUUAGAUCUUAUUUUCUUUUAAUGACAGUCCUUAGGUAAACAUAAAAACAAUGUGUCCUAGAAAUCAUCCGCUAGCUUUCUGUCUGGAAACAUCUAUGAAGUGACCCCUCUUCAGCCUAAUAAUUGGGCGGGGGAAGUUUCCAGCAGAUUUCAGGCUGUUCUUAAAGUUUUUGUUGGUCAUUUUCUCACUAGUAUGUCAAAUCAAGAUGGUCAUGAGUAUGGAACACAUUUAAAGUAUUUGCUUUUAUACUUCCUUAGAAUAGAAAAGUACUGUCUCUAUUUUUCUGCCUUUGACCAAAUAGUAAAGAAAACCAAACAAAUUCAAACUCAAAGGGAAAACUGAUUCUUUUAAUCUAGC